GAUGGCGGCGAGGAAGCAUGUGUGGGGGGUGACGGAUCCUUUUCGUUUUCCGCCGAGCGAGUUCAACUUUGGGGUGCUCCAGGCUGUGGAGCCGUUCCUGAAUAUCCACCGCCACCAGGCGGCUGUUUCUCAGCUCCCCUUCGACAGGUUCAAGGGCGGGAAGAUGAACGCGGAUGCGCUCGAUGCCUGCCUUCACCUGAUCAGCGCAUCCAUGGCAGAUUUCGAGAGAUCGUACAACGAACGCAUCACAGAGCUCAACUUCCGACCCAGGCAUUUGGAAUUGAUUCGUCAGGUUGAAAAAUUCACCACGCCAACUGAUGCAGAGUACAAUUCCUCUUUUCUAGAGUCCAUUGCAGAUGGUGACGAAGAUGAACUGGAUCAGAAGGGCUUUGUCAUUCUCCUUUCCGGGGAGAACGAUGCCUUGGAGGAAGUUGAAGCCAUCUUGCACGAGGACAGUAACGCAUCGGGAAGCGACAGCUCAAGCUCGGACGGAAGUCAUCUCGACACGGAAGCACCUCCUCAGGGUCCUUACGAUGUGGCAGAUACUGGCCGGACCGACGGGAGAGCGUUUGUGUUCAAUGAAGGGCCUCGCAAGCGAACAGAGUGUGAGGUGGAACGGCUUCGCCUGUCGGCACAGCGAUGUGCCUUUAUCAGCGAGUUCAAGCCCAACGAGACGUGGGAAGCAAUUGCCCAGGCUGCAGCUUGUGCUCGCCCUGAAGUCAGGUGCAACUUGUCGAACAGACACUACAAACCAAUGUACUUGUUGGCCCUCUCCAAGCACAAGUUCACGUAUGCAAUUCUGAAAGCUGAAGGUCAAAUAUUGGCGGGUGGUAACAAAGUCUCGGACAGCGCGUAUUCGGAUUUUGUGGAGACGACUCGACCAUCAGGACAGGCUCCAACUUCAAAGGCUGUCAUUGACAGGAUGUUUGCUCUUGGGACCAAGUUUCUGCGUGAAAACUACCGGGAGAAAUCGGGUGCAAAAUACUUGAAGCGGCCGUUCAUCGUGGGAGACUUGUACAUUGCUCCAGAGUGGUAUCCACUUCCGAGUAAUGAAGUUGACGGUGGCUUUUUUUCGUCCGGGGCAAAAAAGUUUUAUGAAGGGCUGCUUCGAAUUGCUAUAGGGGACGUGGUGCUGAGGUACACGCAGUAUGACCUUCUCAAAGCCGCUGGAAUUCGGAUGGCGCAGAGCUUGAAGCAGGGCGCUCGAGGGGGGGCGAACAUACACAGGGUCGUGAUGCUUGACAGCAUGCUCCAAAUGAUUGCCCUGGCUUGUCUCGGAGGAAAUCAUUACGUUGAGCCUGACCCGUCAAAGAGGAGGCGCCUGUCACACGAAGAAGACGAGAAACUGUUAGCAUUUGAUAAAUAGCUAGAUAGAGUGGCUCUUUGUUUUAGUAUAAUUUCUUUUUAAGUUUGUCGAUAAAACUUGUCUAGGU